ACAAGCCCCGCCCACUCUCGUGACGACUUCCGGCAACAUCUCCCAUUCCGGCGGAAGAGCUCUGUGUUGUCCUAGGACAAGCCCUGAAGCAGAGACUGUCAGACGGCAUCACUCUCUUCAUUGGUGGUAGAGCAGACAGUAGAGCAUAGGGUUGAGUGGGGUAAGAUGAGCCAGCUGGUAAGUUGAGACACCCUUGUAUCUAGGCAACUGUGAAUUGCUUUGUCAUGUGACCACACAUUCUGAAGUUGCACAUCAUAUCCGGCUGUCUGUAAAUGAGAGAAACACAGAGGAGAAGAAAGCUAUCAUGCCACGAAACUACAUCCGAAAGACUGACUGGGGCUCGGUGACCUACGAGGAGCUGGAGAAAGCGUUCGUCGAAGUCAAGCGAGGGAAAUCCAUCAGAACGGUGGCGAAGGAAAGGAAGAUCGGCAGGUCCACCCUGCAGAGGUACAUGAAGAAGGCUGAGGAAAAGAGAGAGAAGACAGUCGGGUACAGGGGAACGGCGGAAGCCAAGAGGAUCCUGUCCGAGGAAUCGGAGGAGGAGCUGGCAGAAAACAUCAGGACGCUGGCUGAACGCACACACAGUCUCACUCCAAAGAAAUGCAGGGAAAUGGCGUUUGAAUUCGCACAGAAGAACAACAUUCCCGUGCCCAACAACUGGGGGGAGCAGAGGUUAGCAGGUCGAGACUGGCUUAAUAGUUUCAUAACCCGCCACAAUCUCUACCGGCACAUAACUGAAGCCACGUCUUUGGGAAGCCACGGACAGAUCAUCAGUUUCAGUCUCGUCAACCAAGACGAAAUCAAAGAGGAGAGUGGUGUUCCUGUCCCGCUUCAUGCCGCUUCAGAGGAGGAGCGCGCCGCUGAGAUCUGUGCUUCAGACCGAGACCUGUUAAACACAGACUUAUUUCUUACAUGAUGUUAUAUAUGA